AUGGAUCUCAACAGCCUGCGCGAUCAGGUCAGCAACCUGACGCUCUACGACCUGAAAGCUGGCGUCAGGAAAGUACAGAAUGCUGUCAUGAACUACACCGAGAUGGAAGCCAAGGUGCGAGAGGCGACUAACAACGAGCCGUGGGGUGCUUCCUCGACCAUGAUGCAGGAGAUCGCCAACGGAACCUUCAAUUAUCAGCUGCUCAACGAGAUCAUGCCGAUGAUAUACAAGCGCUUCACCGAGAAGUCGGCAGAGGAAUGGCGGCAAAUCUACAAAGCCCUUCAGCUGAUGGAGUUCCUGGUCAAGAACGGCUCGGAGCGUGUCAUUGACGAUGCUCGCUCACACAUGUCGCUCUUGAAGAUGCUGCGGCAGUUCCACUACAUCGACCAGAACGGCAAAGACCAGGGCAUCAAC